CCGAGUAGCUGAAAUAAUAAAAACUAAAUUGCAAAGAAAACCAAGCCAACUUGAAAAUGGCACAAGAUAUGCUGCUCGACAAUGAGGAGCCCAGCAACAACAAGGAAACAAUCUUGCAGCAGUUCUGCCUGCAGGCAAAGAACGCCACCGGCGCCGCUCUGCUGGACGUCAUAAAGCAAGUGCUGGACGCCCCGAAUGUCUUUGUAUUUGGUGAGCUGCUAGCGGAGCCGAAUGUAGCUGAGCUUAAAGAUGGACCCCACGCCAAGUACUACAACACCCUAAAUCUGUUCGCCUACGGCACCUACAAACAGUUCCGAGCUCAGCAACAGGACUACAUAGAGCUGACACCGGCCAUGCAGAAGAAGCUGCAGCACCUGACUAUCGUCUCUCUGGCCAUUAAAUCCAAGAGCAUUCCAUAUGCCAUCUUGCUAAAUGAACUGGAGAUCGACAAUGUACGUCACCUGGAGGAUAUCAUUAUAGAGGCUAUAUAUGCAGACAUCAUACAUGGCAAACUGUUUCAGAACACACGCAUUCUGGAGGUGGACUACGCCCAGGGGCGUGACAUACCGCCCGGCUACACUGGCAAAAUAGUGGAAACGUUGCAGGCGUGGGUCAAUUCCUGUGAUAGCGUGUCGAACUGCAUUGACAUGCAGAUUAAGUAUGCGAAUGGCGAGAAGGCCAAGCGUCUGUAUAACAGGGACCGCAUUGAGCAGGAGCUCAUCAAUUUGAAGAAGGUGCUCAAGAGCCAGGCCUCCGACAGCGACGAGAGCAUGCAAGUCGACACACACGGCCCGGGCACCAGCGGCAGCAGCGGCAUGAGCCAGUCGGAGGUGCGCAAGAAGCCCUCCAAAAUGAAGAAUCCACGAAGCAGUGCCGUUGGUCUCAAGUUCAGCAAGUGAGUGCAGGCCGGCCGCGUGCCCAGCAAACUGCCCAGGCCCAACGCAGCGCCGCGCGGUAGUUGAUCACUGACACGUCCGGCAUGGAAUGGCAAAUGCAACUCACCUAAAGACUUCGGCAGCAGCAGCAGCAGCAACAGCACUCUACAAACGUUCUGAAACCCAUUUAUUAGUCAUUAAAAUUAUCGCUAAAUAAAUAACACAUAAAAAUAAAAA